AUGAACGCUCACCCAUCCCAUAUUCAGUAUCAAUUUCAACGUCUUGUGAAGAAGUCCAACCCCCAACGAUAUGAAAGCCAUACGAAGGGCGAAGCCACGGAGGGUCCCGUGUCCCUUGUGCCCCAAAUCAUUCACUCGUACAGAGCACCUACAGAGACAUCUUGGAUCCCGUACGUGGACGGCGUAGGGAAAGCUGUAAGAUGCCCCGAAUGUGGAAAGGAGUUCAUGCGCAAGGAUGUGAUGAAACGCCACCUCGCCAAAUGCCAACUCAAACCGCGGACAAUGUUCGUGGAAGAAGCAGGAACUACCACGACUGGUGCCCCUGUACCUGACAGACAAGUAAUCAUGCCAAAUAUGGAUGCCAUGGAUACUUCUGCCCAGGGUACCCUGAAUGGAAUCAAUAAUCUACCAACUAAGAAACAUAGCCGAAGGUCUGAGGGGAGCCACCCACAGUUAAUAGCCCAGGAAAAUGACCCUGAAGGAACGGAAGCCAGUCAAUCAUGUAUUCUUCCUGACAAUUCCUUGGCUGAGCUCCGGUGGAGUGAUAGCCAGUUCGAAGACAUACAAUUGCUGCUUGACCCGAUGCUGUUUGAUCGAGUGGAGCACAACCACUGCCUGCAAUGGCCAUCUGGUGUUGGUGUUCCAUGCAUUGACAUUGAUCCGGCUGACACAUUCAGUUUCCUCGCCCGAAUUUCCAGCCAGGAGAGUGCUUCGCUGCAAACUCGUUAUGACUGUAGCGCAUUACAGAGGAAAGGGUGGGAAGGAUCCAGGGUGACCGAUGGUACUGCUGGGAGACAGGGAGCACUACCACCGACAGAUCUUCCCUAUUCUCUCACUGAUCCCUCGUCCGGCAGUGCCGCCUGCGAGUCGUGGUACCACGCAUGGCUAUCUUCUGCGCAGGCCCCUUUGUCUUCACAACCAGCAUACCAAAUCGUACAUCAAAUCCGAAACCUUUCCCAGCACUCCAGAAUUAUGCAUACAUGGUCUCCACAACUCGAGAAGGACUGUAUUCGCUUCUUCAGUCCCAAUAACAUCGAGAGAUUCAUCAAGGUUUACUGGACAGCGUGGCACCCUCAUUACCCAGUUAUUCACAAGGCAACAUUUUCCAUCAGCAGUGCCCCCGCGCACCUUACAGCGGCCAUGGCCGUCAUGGGGGCGUGUUUCUCGCAAAACGCAAACGAUAAUCGCAGUGCGAAGCUAUGGCUCAAUGGUGUGGAAGAGAUGGUCUUCACUAACAAAUAUUUUGGAGACCUUAUGCUGCAGGAUCCGGCCACCGUGAACAUUCGGGAUAUCGUACAGCUCCUCCAGGCAGCAUAUUGUGUCUGUACUUUCCAAAUCAGCGAAGGAAGUCAUAUUAGCCGGCGGAGGACUCGGCGUCAACGUUUUAGUAUGCUCGUUUCACUCGCUAGAGACUUGAACCUCUUCAGUAUCACACACAGAAAUCUUGACUCGGUACGGGGAGGUGACUUCUGUUGGGACACUUUUAUUGCAACCGAGGAAUGCAUUCGCACUAUGCUAUUCAUAUAUAUACAUGACACUGGGUUUGCAAUCUUCAGCAAUUACCCACCCCGCAUGAGAAUCCAAGAAAUGUCAUUGAGCAUGGCAUGCCCUGAGGCUUGUUUCCAAGCACAGACCGCAGCAGAGUGCCUCACGGCGAUUCGAACGUGGACGGGACAUCAACUAUGGGGUUGCAGAAGGACAAUGCGUGAGAUCGUGCAGGUCAUGUUCUGUAGAGAUAUUAACCUCGAUAUACGCGAGUACAUCUCCCACCUGGGAAUACUGAACCUUUGGAUUGUGUGCUCCGCACUUUGUGCCGAGGCAUUUCAGAUCAAUUCACUUAUCAGCGUCGACACACAACUCCAGCCUAUACGGAGAGCGAUCCACAACUGGAAAUUAGCCUGGAACCAGCGAUUCACGAUUCACGAUAGUUUUGGCUUACCAAAGGAGGAGGAUACUAUCUUGGUGGGUAAUGAGGACGAUUGGCGACGCUUGGGCUUUUUCCAGAAUGCUUCCGAAUAUUGGUUACUGCUAAAUAUCCUGAUUCGAAGAAUUGACGAACGGCAGCAAGCCCGACAUGAUCAGUCGGUUCAAUCCGAUGUUGAACUCGCCACCCUGGCUAUUGACAGACCAUAUACGCCGUCGAGAUGUGAUUCACCCCCAAUGGCAGAUCUGAAGCAUCUCAUAUCAGAACAUCAUCGACAAUUCAAGCCGGGAUAUUCUUGCUCCUCUACCAUUUUCGGUCGGCAUCAGACCACUACAGCUGUCUAUACGAUGGACCCUACUACCAAGCCCUUGCCCCUAUUAUCCGAGGAAUCGCGAAUUCAUAUCAUAGUUGUUGGAGCCGGGUUCGCGGGUCUCGGCACUGCGAUAGAAUGCCGUCGUCGGGGUCUUUCUGUCACAGUUUAUGAGCGGUUCCCCGAACUGAAGCCACUUGGUGAUAUAGUCUCGUUCGGGUCCAAUGGGGGCCGGAUCUUUGCACGCUGGGGCUCGGUGGUUGACCGCAUGCUACCUGUUAGCAUCAAGCUCCAGGACUACGGGUUUCGCAUUCACAAGUACACGGGAGAGCACGUCCAUACGCAAGACUCCUUGCCACUUGAUCGACAGGCUCCCACGAUCAAUGGACAUCGGGGAGAGCUGCACCAGAUUCUGUUCAACUAUGCUCGAAAUGAGCUUAAUAUUCCCAUUAAUCUAGGCUGUGAGGUUACCGGGUACUUCGAGAGCGCCAGUGGCGCAGGGAUCCAGCUCGCAUCAGGAGACAAAGUCUAUGGAGAUGUUGUCAUCGGCUCCGAUGGUGUCCGCUCUCAAGCUCGAUCCUUAGUUCUAGGACGUGAGACACGCCUCCAAUCUAGCGGCUAUGCGAUCUAUCGCGCCUGGUUUUCAAACGAGGAUAUCCUGGCCGAUCCCCUGACUCGACAUCUCUCUGAAAAUGGCGAUACGUUCAAUGGCUGGAUUGGUCCGGAUGUGCAUCUACUGGUUUCAACGUUGAAAGGGGGGAAGGACGUCUGUUGGGUACUCACGCAUAAGGAUGCAUCUGAUAUCAGCGAUCGCUGGUCCUUUCCGGGUAAGCUUACGGAUGUCUAUAAGGUUUUAGAGGGUUGGGACCCGAUCUGCCACCGGAUCGUUUCGAAAACCCCCGAGUCAGCUCUGAUCGAUUGGAAGCUCAUCUGGCAAGACCCUUUGCCGACCUGGGUUAGCAAGCACGGGCGUAUUGCGCUUGCUGGAGAUUCCGCUCAUGCAUUCCUCCCGACAUCCGCUCAGGGAGCAACCCAGGCGCUAGAGGACGGUGUCACGAUCGCCAUUUGUCUGAGCCGGGCUGGCAAAUACAGGAUUCCCGAUGCUCUCCAUGCCUUCGAAAAGAUUCGGUACGAUCGCGUGCGCAAGGUGCAAGAAACAGGUAAAACCACUCGGGAUAAAUGGCACAAUGCAAGCUGGGAUAAUGUAAAACGCGAUCCCAAGGCCAUCGAACUGCCGCGAGAAGACUGGAUAUUGAACCAUGAUGCCGAGCAGGAUGCCAACAAUAUGUGUGAUCAAAUCUUCGGUGCCAUCAGGGGUGAAAGUAGAUUAUGA